AUGUUGGCCUUAGUUUCAGUCUUUGUGGUGGGUUUUGUGGUGGAGUGGCUUUCGCACACCAGAUUUAUCAAGUCUACCACCGACAAUAUCACAGCUGGACUUGUACAGACUACGAUGUAUGCCGUUCGUGUUGUGUUGGCUUACUUGCUCAUGCUUGCCGUCAUGUCGUUUAAUGUUGGCGUGCUGCUUGCUGCAGUCGGAGGAUACACAGUAGGGUUCUUCAUCUUUGGCAGUCGGGUUUUUGUGAAUUCAAAGACAACGCCUUUCCAAGAUCCAUCUGAUCUUCCUCCAUUGAAUUGCUAA